AAGUAUCCCACUCAAGCAGCCAAGUGUUAACAACCUCUCCAAAGUCUAAUUUGCCUUUGAUAUAGACUUAAUUGUUUGCGUCACCCACUGGGCUAGGGGGAGGGCUAUAAAAGGGGCUGCAGCCAUUGUCUGAGGCAGAAGAGAGCCCAGAAACAGCUCCCUCUCCCAGUCUUCUUCAUUCAGCACAGUAGUCACAGCCUGUACAUCAUGCAGCUGGUGGCCAGCCUGGUGUCCGUUCUGCUGCUGGUGUGGAGCGUGAGAGCCACCGCACUGCCUGGAGAAGAGAGACUCGCAAUACAGAACACUAGGGAACAGAGCACAGUCCGGAAAGACGCCAUCCUGAAGAUGCUGGCAGGCCUGCUGGACAGUAUGGACGUGGGGCGUGAGGCGGCCUCCCCGGACGUGGAAGAGGAGGGAAAGCUGGAGGAGGAGCGGGCGGUGCUGGGGCGGCUCGCCCAGCUAUCGCAGCGGGAUCGCAAGGCCCCCUGCAAAAACUUCUUCUGGAAAACCUUCACCUCCUGCUAGUGCUGCCCAGCCUGGCCCUGCCGGGCCGCCCACCUGCAAACACCCUCCCCUCCCCUUGGCCGCCCCAUCCCCUGAGCUCCCUUCCUUUUCUUCUCCACCCCUGAGAAUAAAGCAUGGCGCCUCGGG